AUGAAUAGAAGAAUGUAUGAUUGUGGGUAAUGAUUAGAAUUUAUAGAAUUUUAGGAUAUGUUAGAUGAAAUUUGAAGAUAUAACAAGUUAUUAGAAUCAUAAAUAGAAUGUAAAUUUAGAUAAUAAUUCAAAUUAGUUUUGCAAUGGAACUAGUUUUAAUGGUAAUUACAAUGAAUAGUCAACAACAAUGAAUUUUGGGAAAAGUAAAGUAAAAGUAAUUUUAGGGUAGUAAUAAGAAGUAAAUUAAUCAUCUACAAUGCUUUUAAAUAAUACAGCAGAAUAAUUGGAAUAGAAUGAGCAAGAAUAUAAAAUUUUAAGAAGUCGUAUUUUAGAAAGAGAAAACAAUAGUAAUAUAAACAUGAGUUAGAUGAUGAAUAAUUCAUUGACGUAAAUUUGAUUUUUGAAAUUAAAUAGAUAUGAUAAGGAUCAAUUGAGUUAAUUAUAGGAAUCAAUGAAUGCAUCUGUUAGAGUUGCUCUUUUUGGAUAGGAUUAGGAGAGAGAAAUGAUAUUAAAAGAGUUAAAAGAUCGAGCAUGGAAAGAAAGGGAAUAUUUGAAGGAUAGAGAUACAAUAGAUAGAGAGAUAAAGAAAUCGAAGGAUGGUUAAAGAAUAUAAGAAUUGAAGUAAUUAGGUUCAGAUAGAGAUAUAUUAUUUGAAAGGUAAAAUAAAUAUAUAGUAUGAAAGAUACAAUAAUUUCAUAGCAUAGUGUAAUGAGAUAUUAAAUAGUAAAAGUGGAUUGUAUAAGAAAGAUAAUUUAGAUAGAGUGAUACAGUUAAAUAGAAUAAAAGAAUCAAUAGAAUAGGAUAGGAUGAGGAUAAUGAGUAGUGUUUUUAGUGAUUUGAUGAAUUAAACAGGAUAUAGAUCUAAUGAUGCAUCAAAAUAUGCAGCAUAAUAAAUAUUAUCAGAUAAUUCAGUGAAUUAAGGUGCUGGAGCAAAUGAUAUAGCUUCAUAUUGGUAAUUUCCUGAGGAUUAAAAGGUAAUAGAGUAUGAUCCAGCGUAAAUAAAAUAUGAUUAGGAUAUGAUAGAAAAGAAUUUAUAAGCCGCAACUCGUUUAUCUUAGGAGAUAAAAAUGCAUAUGGUUGGAAUGGAUCCUGCAUUGAAGAGAUAUGCUGAAGCUAAUGGAUAUGGAAGUUUAGAGAGUAUUUUCGCAGAGAAGAGUGAAGAUUAUAGUUCAAUGUCAGCAGAAUAAAAGAAAUUGAUUAAUUUAUUGGCUUAAGAGACAGAUGCUAAAAGAGCAUUGGAAAGAUUGCCUUAUGGAAUAGAUUAUUAAAUGUUGUAGAGUAAAGUUGAUAAAAUAACUUAAAUGAGAUUAGAAUUGGAGAGGACUGUUUAAGAGUAAAAGUAUUAUAAGAUCAGAGAGAAUUAUGAAUAGACAGUUAAGGAUUCAGAUUAAGAGAGAAAGUAAAAUAUUAGAGAUAGACUUCUACAUUAAAUGGAAUCAUGGAGAGGAGAAAAGAAAUAUAAUCCAACAGAAGGAUUAGUUAUUCAUUGGGAUUGGUGUUUAAAUGUCCCGAAGAAAUAUGAUAGAUGUAGAUUGACCUGGGGAAUGUUUUUAAGAGGUCAAACUUUAAAUAAACCUUAAAUAGUUGAAGAUCAUAUGUGUAUUAGUGAUGGUUAUAGAGUUAAUUAUUGCAUGUUUAAUGAACAUCAAUAUGUUUAUGAUGUUAUUCCCAAUAAAGAUAUUAUUGUAGUUAUCGAAUUAUAAUGCUAUUAUUAAGAAGGUGGUCGCAAAAGAUUAGAUAUUUAUGGUUGGACAGUCUUAGAAGUUUUUGACAUUAAUAUGAAUCUUAUAAGAGGAAGAUUUAAAUUACCAUUCUAUCCUACUGGAACUAAUCCAAGUUAAUUAGUUUCAUCGGAUAAACCUUUGAAAAGUGUCUCUAAUACACUAUUAUUUUGUAGAAUUUCUUUUCCUUUUGAUAAUGAGUAUUCUAAAAUGGAACCAUUGAAUCCAAGUACAAUGACUUAAGAAUAUUAUAUUACUGGUAUUCAUAGUAGAACAAUAAUUAAACAUGAUUAUGAUCAUAUUCCAUAAUAGAUUAGGAAAAGAGGAUAUAAUCCAUUAGCAUUUGAUGAAAUGUUUAAUUAAAAGAGAGAAAUUGAACCUGAAGAAGUUGAAGUCGUUGAAAUUAAGGAACCAGAAUGGUAAUUAAUGGAACUUGGAGAAAAUAGAAAAGGAUUAUAUAUUAACAUUCAUGAAUUGUUAAAUUAUUUUGUGAAAACCAAAUCUAAAGUUAGAUGUUUCUUAACUGAUGUAAAAAGAGGUGUUUUAAAAGAUGAAAAAGAUAUACCUUGUUCAUUCGAAACAGAUCCUUAUGAAAUGAAUGAAUAAUAAUUAAAAUCAGAUUAUUUUGGUGGACCAUUUGUAUUCAUUGAAGAAGAAUAUCAAUUUUUUGUUGAUCUUGUAACUUAUGCUCAUAAUAAUAGAGCUUGGGAUGAUUUAUAUUUAAUAUUCUAAGUAUUUGAUUAUCCACCUGAAUAAGUAGAAUAGUAAGACGAUGAUAAAAAAGAUAAUUAAUCUGUUGUAUCUGAAAAAUCAGUAACAGAUGUUAAACCUGUUGGUAAGAAAUGGUAUGCAUUUAAACUGUUUGAGAAUAAUAUUCUUAAAAUUGGAAGAUAUGCAGAAUUUAUUUAUGAACCACCUAUAAAGAAACCUCCAUUUGAUCCAUUUGAAUGCAAUAUAUCAAAUUCAUAAAUAGAUUUUAGUAUAAAUUUAUUUGAUUAUAAUAUGGGUAAUUUGAAUGAACAAAUUGAAAGAUUUAAAUAAUUAAGAUAAUUAAAAAGAAAGUAAAGAGGACAUGGUAAACCUAAAAUAAAACCUAAAAAAGUAAAAAAAGAAAAGUAGGUAGCUUAUGAUUGGGAGAAUUUACCAUUAAGUGAUAGACCAUUUAUAGAAAAUAUUAAAUAGUAAUAUUAAGAUAGACCAUUUGAUAAAGGAUUUGGAAUAGAUUUUUAUGUAGAUUAAGCAAGAUUCUUACCAGACAAUGUAACAGUUUGUAAAAUAAUUUUAUAAUUCAUGAAUACUAAUUUGGAAAAAUUGUAUCCUCCAAAAUCAAUAUUACCGAAUACUGAUUAAGGUACCUUUUCACCUGUUUUUAACUACAAAAAUGAAUUAAGAAGUCCUCACUUUGAUCCAACUACUAUAGCAUUCUUGACAAUUUUAACAAAAGAUAAUACCUAAAAAGAAGUAAGAAUAGUUGGAUAUUGCGCAAUUAAUUUAUUUUUAUCAAAAGCAACAAAAAUGUAACCAACAAAUCCUUUGGAGAGAGAUGUAGUAUUAAUGAAUGGUUUAUAUUAAUUACCAAUACAUUGUUAACAUCCUGCAAUGAUAAAACCAUUUAAUAUGAAUAGAGUAUAAAAAUUAGAUAGAUUGCCUUGUUCAACCUUAUUGGUACGAAUAUAUUUAGCUCCAAUGACAGAUGAUGGUUUUAAACCAUUAUCUAUAAAUGAUUUUAGUUAAAAUGAUUGGGAAGCAAAGAAAGUUUGGUAAAGAAGCCCUCCAUAUGGAACAGGUUUAUAUAAUACUUAAUUUUGUCCAAUAAGAGAAACUGAAAAAUUAUUAUAUAAUAUUAGAGUAUAAAGACAAGAUCCUAAAUUAAAUGAAAUUAUGUCAAGAUUAUAGGCUAUGGAGAAUAUUCAAUAAAUAAUGUCAGCUCCAUAAUAUUUAUCCUAUUUAGAUGGUGUUCUAGUAAGAGAUGCAUAUACUGAUAUUAUUGAAUUAACUUUUUUUGCUAAAUAUAGAGGAUAAGUUGGAUUCAAAGUAAGUUUAGAUGGAUUUCAUAAUGUACCUAAUACAGAUCAUCCAUAUGUUGCUAUUUAUUCAAUUAAUCCACCUGGAAGGUUAUAUGAAUAGUAGUAACAAUAACUUUAAUAAAGAGAUAUAAAUUUAGCUAAUGAAAUUAUCACUUGUACUUCAUAUAAUUGGGAAUCAGCUUUAUAAUCCCCAUAAUUUAAUGAAGGAUAUUUUAAAUUCAAAGAUAUUCCAUUUGAUAAAAACACUCAUUUAGUAUUUGAUAUAAGAAGAGUUAAAUUUUCAUAGAGAGGAACCAAAUCUAUUGUAGAAAAGGUUGGUUGGACUGUUUUGCCUAUCUUUACUUAAAAUGGAUUUGUUAAAAGUGGAAUAUAUCAAUUACCGAUACUUGCUGGUGAAAUGACAUAUAAAAUGAUUGAAGAAUUUCAAAGAGGUGAAAUCUGGGAUUAAAUUGAUGAACUAACCAAACUUAAAAAAAAUCCACUUAAAUAUUUAGAUAAUAUGUCCAUUAUUGUUAGACUUUUAGAUGGACAUAGAGAAGGUCACUUCUAAACACCAUUUGAUCAUACUAGAAUGAUUUAUUCAUUCUUACCUAAAAAUAGAAUUUCAUCUUAUGUAUAUAAUGCAGGAGUAGAUGCUAAAUUAAAGACUGCCAAAAAAUUAAUAUCUAUUGCACCAAAUAAAUAAUAAUUAAAUGAAUACAAUGAAAAAAUUGCUAAUGCUUUAUAUGAUGUAAUUAUUUUAUUAUCAAUUUAGUCUUUGGGUCUCAAACCUUAAGAGGCUGUAGCUGCCAAAUUAACACAAAUUGAAAAUCCAAAUAUAAAUCAAACCAACUAAGAAGAUUCAUAAAUUAUAUGA